CGCGCCCUCCUGGGCGCCCGACACCGACUGGCCGGCCGGGGUCCCGCCACCCCCUCCUCAGCUGACCCGGCCGGAGGGACGGCAGAGGAGAAGGUCAAGUUAGGCGCUCACUGCCCCGUGCACCCGGAGUUGGGGAGCGCAGACGCCGCGCGCAGCCCGAAUCGCAGAGUCGAGGCGCAGGGCUCUGCAGCGGUUCCAGCACCUCCUGCAGCCGCGGGUCCCAGCGUGGCGUCCCCGCUCCCCACCCGCCGCCCCGGGGCCGGCCUGGGGAGCCGAGGGAGCCGGGAGCCCGGCGCCCCUAUGCGCCGCCGCGUCGCCGCGCAGCCCCAGCUAUGACCCUGAGCACGGAGAUGUCCGAUGCCUCCGGCCUCGCCGAGGAGACAGACAUCGACGUGGUGGGGGAGGGCGAAGACGAAGACGAGGAGGAGGACGAUGACGACGAGGGCGGCGGCGGGCCCCGGUUGCCCGGCUCGGCCCAGCGGCGGCGGCGCUCUUAUGCCGGGGAGGACGAGCUCGAGGACUUGGAGGAGGAGGACGACGACGAUGACCUGCUGCUGGCCUCGCGGCCUGCCGCGUCCCCCGCGCCUCCGGGCCCUGUGCCCGCGUCGGGGACCGGCACGGGAAGCUGCAGCGGUGCGGGAGCGGGAGGCAGCUCCGGAACCGGCGCGGGCGCGGGCGCGGGCGGCGGUGCCAAGAACCCACUGGUGAAGCCCCCCUACUCGUACAUCGCGCUCAUCACCAUGGCCAUCCUGCAGAGUCCGAAGAAGCGCCUGACGCUCAGCGAGAUCUGCGAGUUCAUCAGCGGCCGGUUCCCGUACUACCGGGAGAAGUUCCCCGCCUGGCAGAACAGCAUCCGCCACAACCUGUCACUCAACGAUUGCUUCGUCAAGAUCCCGCGCGAACCGGGCAACCCGGGCAAGGGCAACUACUGGACGCUCGACCCGGAGUCUGCAGACAUGUUCGACAACGGCAGCUUCCUGCGGCGCCGCAAGCGCUUCAAGCGCCAGCCGCUGCUGCCCCCGCACGCGGCGGCCGAGCUGGCGAGGACCGCCUUCGGCUACCGGCCGCACGCGCUGGGCGCCGCCCUGCCCGGCCCGUUGCAGGCGGCCACAGUGAAGGCGGGAGGCCCCGGUGGCACCGGGGCGCUGGCACGCUCACCUUUCUCCAUCGAGAGCCUCAUUGGUCGCAGCCGGGGUCCAGCGGUCGCCAGUGUGCAAGCCUCGCCCGGGGCCGCUACCGGGACCGCACCGGGAGCGGGGGGCGGAGGCUGCUCGGCGCAGGCGGCUGCGGGCCCGGCUGCCGCGCUCACCCGCUCGCUCGUGGUCGCCGCUGCGGCCGCCGCCUCGUCGGUGUCAUCGUCGGCCGCGCUGGGGACUCUGCACCAGGGGACUGCGCUGUCCAGUGUGGAGAACUUUACUGCUAGGAUUUCCAAUUGUUAGAAACGCCGUUAGCGCGCGUGAGAAAGUGAAGGUAGGACUCCCGGCCCCUUUCUGCGGAUGGGUGGUUGGUUUUGUUCGCUCCUCCCGGCCCUCGGCGACCUCGCGCCCCCAUUUUUGCCGCUUUGGAUUCUUGGACCGGACUGUGUUGGGCGACAGCUGGGGCGCCGCGCAGUUCGGCUCAGCGGGUCCCUCUAAUAUUUAUGCAAAAUCGCCCUAUGCUGCAACCCUGACUUGGGGAGGGAAGGAAGAGGGUGUUAGAGGAAGUCGCCCUGUUUUAGCACUAGGGGCUUCUUUGACUUUUGAUAAAUUGAGAAAACCAACCCAAACCAUCAACACUAAGCCCUUUUGAGGUAUAAAGAUUCUCAGGUCCAGGAGUUAAAAAGAAAAGUCAAUAAUGUUUAUAUGAAGCUCAUACAAACCCAGUAAAGGUCUCCAAGAAAUGCCUUUAUUUGCUCACACUUAUUUGGUUGUACUUUUUCAUGGAAAGGAAAAAAAUGAAUAACAUGUUUACACAAGAAACAAGUCAAAUUUUAUCAUUUCUUAUUUUAACCUGUGUUUUGUAUCAUAAUGGACAUGGGGAAUUUUUAUUUUGUACUUAUGCGUAUUCUUUACAAGGAGUAUUGUAAAUUUUACUGGCAAUUAUUAUUGUACUAUUCUAAUGUAAGAUUUUU